GUUUCAGGCUUUCUCAUAAGCUUCGUCUCCCCGCCUCUCCACCCCAGGCCUUGCCCCUCUAUCCCCUGCACAGGAAGUGGGCUGGCUCUGGGCUUUUAGUCUUUGCGGCCCCAGCAGCCGCAGCCGUCUCCUGGGCCAGAGCUGAGCAGGGCCCUGGAGAGAUGGCCACGGUCCCAGCAGCGGGGAGGACUGGAGAGCGCGCGCUGCCACCGCCCCAUGUCUCAGCCAGGGCUUCCUUCCUCAGCUCCACCCUGUGGAUGUAAUGGCGGCCGCCGCUCUGUCCUGGCGUCUGCCCCUCCUCAUCCUCCUCCUGCCCCUCGCUACCCCUUGGGCAUCUGCAGCCGUGAAUGGCACUUCCCAGUUCACAUGCUUCUACAACUCGAAAGCCAACAUCUCCUGUGUCUGGAGCCAAGAUGGGGCUCUGCAGGACACUUCCUGCCAAGUCCAUGCCUGGCCGGACAGACGGUGGUGGAACCAAACCUGUGAGCUGCUCCCCGUGAGUCAAGCAUCCUGGGCCUGCAACCUGAUCCUUGGAGCCCCAGAUUCUCAGAAGCUGACUGCAGUGGACAUCGUCACCCUGAGGGUGAUGUGCCGUGAAGGGGUGCGAUGGAGGAUGAUGGCCAUCCAGGACUUCAAACCCUUUGAGAACCUUCGCCUGAUGGCCCCCAUCUCCCUCCAAGUCGUCCACGUGGAGACCCACAGAUGCAAUAUAAGCUGGGAAAUCUCCCAAGCCUCGCACUACUUUGAAAGACACCUGGAGUUCGAGGCCCGGACACUGUCCCCAGGCCACACCUGGGAGGAGGCCCCCCUCCUGAUCCUCAAGCAGAAGCAGGAAUGGAUCUGCCUGGAGACGCUCACCCCAGACACCCAGUAUGAGUUUCAGGUGCGGGUCAAGCCUCUGCAAGGCGAGUUCACGACCUGGAGCCCCUGGAGCCAGCCCCUGGCCUUCAGGACAAAGCCUGCAGCCCUGGGGAAGGACACCAUUCCGUGGCUCGGCCACCUCCUCGUGGGUCUCAGCGGGACCUUUGGCUUCAUCAUCUUAGUGUACUUGCUGAUCAACUGCGGGAACACCGGGCCGUGGCUGAAGAAGGUCCUGAAGUGUCACACCCCAGACCCCUCGAAGUUCUUUUCCCAGCUGAGCUCAGAGCAUGGAGGAGAUGUCCAGAAGUGGCUGUCCUCGCCCUUCCCCUCAUCGUCCUUCAGCCCUGGUGGCCUGGAGCCUGAGAUCUCGCCACUAGAAGUGCUGGAGAGGGACAAGGCGAUGCAGCUGCUCGUGCAGCAGGACAAGGUGCCUGAGCCUGCGUCCUUAAGCAGCAACCACUCGCUGACCAGCUGCUUCACCAACCAGGGUUACUUCUUCUUCCACCUUCCGGACGCCUUCGAGAUAGAGGCCUGCCAGGUGUACUUUACUUACGACCCCUGCGCAGAGGAAGACCCUGAUGAGGGUGGGGCCGGAGCACCCACAGGGUCUUCCCCCCAACCCCUGCAGCCUCUGUCAGGGGAGGACGAUGCCUACUGCACCUUCCCCUCCAGGGAUGACCUGCUGCUCUUCUCCCCCAGUCUCCUCGGUGGCCCCAGCCCCCCAAGCACUGCCCCUGGGGACAGCGGGGCUGGUGAAGAGAGGCUGCCCCCUUCCCUGCAAGAAAGAGUCCCCAGAGACUGGGACCCCCAGCCCCUGGGGCCUCCCACCCCAGGAGUCCCAGACCUGGUGGAUUUUCAGCCACCCCCUGAGCUGGUGCUGCGAGAGGCUGUGGAGGAGGCCCCUGACCCUGGCCCCAGGGAGGGGGUCAGUUUCCCCUGGUCCAGGCCUCCCGGGCAGGGGGAGUUCAGGGCCCUUAAUGCUCGCCUGCCCCUGAACACUGAUGCCUACUUGUCCCUCCAAGAACUCCAGGGUCAGGACCCAACUCACUUGGUGUAGACAGAUGGCCAGGGGUGGGAGGCAGGCAGCUGCCUGCUCUGCGCCGAGCCUGAGGAGGACCCUGUUGAGGGUCCUUAGUCCACUGCUGAGGACACUCAGUGUCCAGUCGCACCUGGACUUCUCCACCCAGAUGGCCCCCACCCAGUCCUGCACACUUGGCACAUCCAUUUCCAAACCUCCAUUGCUGCUCCCUGGCCCUGCCGCCCGAGCCAGGAACUGUGUGUGUUGCAGGGGGGCGGUAACUCCCCAACUCCCUCUUUAAUCACAGAGUCCCACGAGUUUAGGCUCUGAAACAUCGCUCCUCUCCAGCCCUGCAGCUAUUCACCAAUAUCAGUCCUCACGGCUCUCCAGGGCUCCUUGCCCUGACCUCUUCCCUGGGUUUUCUGCCCCAGCCUCUUCCCCUCCCCUCCCCUCCCCCUCCACAAAGCAGUCUGAGCGUGCUUUCCAAAACCCAAAUAUGGCCGUGCUCCCCCUCGGUUCAAAACCUUGCAUGGGUCCCACUGCCCUCAGCCCCGCUUCUCAGCCUGGUACUUGCACUUCUGGUGUCGUGUGGGGAUAGCCCCUUCUGCAAUCCUCCCUACCGUCCUCCUGAGCCACUCAGAGCUCCCUCACACGCCCUCUGUUGCACGUGCUAUUCCCUGGGCCUGCUGUGCCCUCCCCCUCAUCUAGGUGACAAACUUCCCUGACUCUUUAAAGUGCCGGUUUUGCUUCUCCUGGAGGGAAGCACUGCCUCCCUUAAUCUGCCAGAAACUUCUAGCGUCAGUGCUGGAGGGAGAAGCUGUCAGGGACUCAGGGCGCCUGGAGAAAGAGGCCCUGUUACUAUUUCCUUGGGAUCUCUGAGACCUCAGAGUGCUUGGCUGCUGCAUCCUUUUUUUUUUUUUUUUUUUUUUUUUUUGAGACGGAGUCUCGCUCUGUCGCCCAGGCUGGAGUGCAGUGGCGCAAUCUCGGCUCACUGCAAGCUCCGCCUCCCGGAUUCACGCCAUUCUCCUGCCUCAGCCUCUCCGAGUAGCUGGGACUACAGGCGCCCGCCACCACGCCCGGCUAAUUUUUUGUAUUUUUAGCAGAGACGGGGUUUCACUGUGGUCUCCAUCUCCUGACCUCGUGAUCCGCCCGCCUCGGCCUCCCAAAAUGCUGGGAUUACAAGCGUGAGCCACCGCGCCCAGCCGGCUGCUGCAUCCUUAAUGCUGGGGCCCAAGUAAGGGCACAGAUACCCCCACAAAGUGGAUGCCUGCUGCAUCUUCCCACAGUGGCUUCACAGACCCACAAGAGAAGCUAAUGGAAAGUAAACUCUGGAGUCCGAGGCCCAGGCAGCAGCCCCGCCUAGUGGUGGGCCCUGAUGCUGCCAGGCCUGGGAUCUCCCACUCCCCCCUCCACUGGAGGGGUCUCCUCUGCAGCUCAGGGGCUGGCACACUGGCCUCCAGAAGGGCAGCUCCACAGGGCAGGGCCUCAUUGUCUCCUCUGCAGCUCAGGGGCUGGCACACUGGCCUCCAGAAGGGCAGCUCCACAGGGCAGGGCCUCAUUAUCUUUCCACUGCCCCAGACACAGUGCCCAGCACCCCGUCGUAUACCACAGAUGAACGAAUUAAUUACCUGGCACCACCUCGUCUGGGCUCCCUGCACCUGACGUUCACACAGAGAGGCAGAGUCCCGUGCCCAUUAGGUCUGACAUGCCCCCUUCUGCAAGGGGCUUAUCCCCCCACCCCGACCCCUCCACGUAUCUUUCUUCUGCCCCAGGCAGAUCACACUGCAAUGGCUCAAACAACCUUCCACCCUAGCAGGACAGUGACCCCAGUCCCAGCGACCCCAGUCCCAGCUAACUCUGACCUGGCAGGCAUCAAGCACCUGCACUUACAGGCCCUGCUCACAGUUGAUUGGGCACCUGACCACACGCCCCCACAGGCUGACCAGCAGCCUAUGGGGGGCUUGGUGCCAAGCUCUGUCCAAUCAGGUAGGCCGGGCCUGAACUAGCCAAUCAGAUCAUCUCUGUCUUAGGCGUUUGAACUCAGGGAGGGAGGCCCUUGGGAGCAGGUGCUUGUGGACAAGGCUCCCUGGAAAAGGUAGACGAGCGUUGAGCCGCUAAGCAGAGGACCUUGGGCUCCCAAUACAAAAAUACCUACUGCCGAGAGGGCUGCUGACCGUUUGGUCGGGAUUCCUGUUGCCUUUAUAUCCAGAAUAAACUCCCCUUUCUUGAGGUUGUCUGAGUCUUGGGUCUAUGCCUUGAAAAGAGCUGAAUUAUUGGACAGUCUCACCUCCUGCCAUAGGGUCCAGAAUGUUUCAGACCACAAGGGGCUCCACAGCUUUGCUGUGUGUUCUGGGGCAACCUACUAAGCCUCUCUGCAAGUCAGUUUCCUUAUCUCCCCAAAUGGAAAUUGUAUUUGCCUUCUCCACUUUGGGAGGCUCCCACUUCUUGGGAGGGUUACAUUUUUUUAAGUCUUAAUCAUUGGUGGUAUAUGUAUCUAUACAUCUGUAUUUUUUAAUGGUCUGUGUGUACCAUCUUUGUGGUUAUCUUCUUAAUUUUUUUUUAAGUCAAUUCAUUUUUGUUGAAAUAAAUUUAUUUAAAGAAAAAUCUUUGUUACUCUGUAAAUGAAAAAACCCAUUUUCGCUAUAAAUAAAAGGUAACUGUACAAAAUAAGUACAAUGCAACAAAA